AUGAAUCGAUAUAAUCGUUUAAAAGAAAUUGAAUUAUUAAUGAAACAAUACAAACAAACUAAUGUUGCAUUACCAAUACUUAAUAAUUAUGUAUCUGUGGUUGAUAAUAAUUCAGAUGAUGAGGAAGAAGAAACUAAUGAAGAAAAUGAACAUGCUAUUAGCGUAGAUAAUUGGAAUGAAAUCAUACAACAGUGGACU